AUGACUAAAGUCAUAUCUGUGACAUUUCAGAUCUUCAUCUGCUUGAAAGACACUGGAAGUGACGAAGACAGUUUCUUUCAAAAUUUUGUCUACCUUCAACGCUCUUCGAGUAACACCGAACGGAAGGACUUGACCUGGACAACUUGUGCUGAUGGUUGCAAAAUUGGAGGAUUUGAAGGUCAAGGUUGUGUUGUCAUAGGAACUCGAUCUGGCAGCAUAAAUCUCUUUUCUCUUCCUACUCUCGAUUCGAAGCUUGUCUCAAUCGAGCCUUCAUGGUAUUUUGAUCAAUGCCAUGGAAAGGAGGGUGUCACCGCUGUUAAAAUUAUUCGCAAUUCCCUUGUCAUUACCGCUGAGCGUCGAUACGGAAGAGUUCGUCGAUGGAAAAUUGUGGGCGGAUCUGGUGAUGGUUUAGGCUUCGGUCUCCAACCAUUAGAUCAGAUAUUGAAGCCGUCAAAUGUCCCAUGGAUUGGAUCUUUCUCACUUGGACCCUCAGGAGAAAUUUUGGCACUGGGUUUCAUUUCAUUUCAUUAA